AUGGCCAGGAACAUAAAACUUACACCUUCGGAACGCUUUGCCAAAUUUAUGAAAGUUAUUGAACUAUUUGCCAAAUUAGUUGGCGCAAAUAUAUUCGAUCCAAAUUUUCGGCCAAAUUUGCUGACCGCUUUCAUUUAUGUUAUGUUUAUCUUCUUUUACUCGUUUAUUAUCUAUACGAUUUAUUUCGGCGUGGUCAUUGAACAGGAUUACACAAUAAUUAUCCAGUGUUUGUGUAUUGUCACCGUUGCAAUGCAGGGUACUACGAAACAUUUGAAUGCACUUUUCAAUGCCAAAUUAUUUCGUUUCAUUUCCUCGCAACUGCUGACCGUAUACGAGGAAUACGAAUGUAAAAAUCAACACUAUAUUGGCCAUUUGAACAAUACUCUGGUCUUGGUGAAGCGUACGAUUUACUUCCUGUUCCAGAUCAACUUUAUUUUGACAAUGAGCGGAUUUGCAGUACCCUUAUUCUAUUUUGUGGUCCGAAAUGAGUCAAUCGAUAUUAUACCCCUUAUGGUACCGGCUGUCGACAGGAACACUGCAUUCGGCAUUACUGUCUAUCGAUUAUUUCACGCUACUUGUAUCAUCUUUUCGGCAUUUGGUAAUUACGCCUAUGACGGUCUCGUAAUUCUAUGUAUUCUCCAUAUACCGCUGAUGAAAAAUAUUCUCAAGUUGAAAUUCGAUGAGUUGGAUGAAAUGUUGGAAUUAUAUCCAGGAAAUCGAAAGAAGACAGAGCCUUUGCUAAGGGACAUUUUUCAGUGGCAUCAAAGGUACAUUCUAAUAACCGAAGCUAUACAAACACUUUUCUUCUGGGUAAUUUUUGUGCAAAUUUUUACUGCCACAUUGAGCAUUAUUGCCACCAUUGUUUGCCUGUUUUUGGGUGUUUGGCCUGUGGCUCCAGUGUUUCUGGUAUAUUCGUUUAUGAUUUUAUAUUUUUAUUGCGGUCUUGGAAAUCUGGUGGAAAUUUCAAACGAUGACCUGACAUAUAUUAUUUAUGAUUGCAAAUGGUACGAACUCACGCCAUCGGAACAGAAAAUGAUACUCAUAAUGUUGCGGGUGUCGCAGAACCCGCCGGCAAUGACUAUUGGGGAUAUGAUGCCGUUGAGCAUGAAUACGGCCCUGCAAUUGACCAAAUCUAUAUAUACGGUUGCUAUGCUCUUACACGAAUCUGUGCAAUAA